GUGCGCGCGGGCGGCGGAGCCGUCGGGAUGUCGCGUUACGGCCGCUAUGGAGGCGAGACCAAGGUGUACGUGGGCAACCUGGGCACGGGCGCCGGCAAAGGCGAGCUGGAGAGAGCCUUCAGCUAUUACGGACCGCUGAGAACCGUGUGGAUCGCCAGGAACCCGCCCGGGUUCGCCUUCGUGGAGUUCGAAGAUCCCCGCGAUGCUGAAGAUGCCGUCCGUGGACUUGACGGGAAGGUCAUCUGCGGCUCCAGGGUCAGGGUGGAAGUAUCCACGGGGAUGCCGCGCCGCUCCCGCUACGACCGGCCCCCUGCCCGGCGCCCCUUCGACCCCAACGACAGAUGCUACGAGUGCGGUGAGAAAGGCCACUAUGCCUAUGACUGCCACCGCUAUAGCCGGCGGAGGAGGAGCAGGUCCCGCUCCAGAUCCCGCUCGAGGUCCCGAGGAAGGAGGUACUCGCGGUCACGCAGUCGCAGCCGUGGCAGGAGGUCCAGGUCAGCCUCCUACCGCAGGUCCAGGUCCAUGUCUCCUCGUAGGUCUAGGUCCGUGUCUCCCCGCCGGUCCCGCUCGGCUUCCUUGAAGAGAUCCAGGUCUAGAUCAAGAUCCAGAUCUAGAUCCAGAUCUGUUACAUGGCCCCGAAGCAGGUCUAGGUCUCAUGGCAGAUCAAAGUCUGGCUCGCCAGCUAAGAGCCGGUCAAAGUCCCGGUCACCAUCUCCAAAGAGAAGCCGUUCACCAUCAGGAAGCCCUCAACGAAGUGCAAGUCCUGAAAGAAUGGAUUAAAAUUAUGAAGUUAAAUCUUUUAGGAAGAAAGUUAUUUUGCUUACAUUAUUAUAAGGGAUUUUGUGGUGUCUUUGUAAAUGUAAGAAUGUAGAUAGAAGAGUAUAUCAACUAAAAUUUGGCAUGAUCUGGGUCCUCUGAGUUAGUCACACCAAUAGACUAGCACAGGUCUCUUUUUAUUGUAUGAAUUAACUUCCUGUGAUAUGAAAAUGUGGGACUUUUUUAUUGGCACAUUGAAAUAAAAUGUGUAUUUUUAACUAAAA